AUGAUAAAUAGUGAAGAUUUUAUUAUUGUAUGGCUCGAUGAAAAUCAAGAUAAAACAACUGAUUAUUUUGAUACUAGACAACAUUUGCGGUAUGUAAUUCAAUAUUUACGAACAUUUAGUGAUACGAAUGAUUGCGUUGAUUUUAUUACAUCUCAACGAACGGAUAAUAUAUUUUUUCUUACAUCCGAAACAUUUGGUAAAAUAGUUAUUCCACAUAUUCAUGAAUUGUGUCAAAUGGCAUCGAUUUAUAUACUUAGUAAAUUAGAUGAUGAUUGGUUUCAAAAUUAUUCUAAAGUUGCAGGCGUCUUUAUUGAUAAAAAACGUCUUGUAUCGAAAUUAGUUGUCGAUAUAGCUAAACACACUCAUAAUACAAUUUCAAUAUCUUUGUUGGAAAAAGAUAUAAUUAAAUCUAUCCGUGAUUUAACUAAAGAACAUGCAUCAUUUAUGUGA